UUAUUUUGGCAAAUGAGCAGCUCUGUCUGUCUGGGUUUCACCCAUCACAUCUUCAUCACAUUCGGACAUAUAUCAUCACUGUUUUCCAUCACUCCUGCCACUGUCAUCGCCUGUUUUUCGAUCCAGGAUAAUUAUCCGCCCUUUUACCGUCGUGUGGUCCACUAUCUGUGUUUCAGCAGCAGAAAUGGACAACAGCUCGACGACUUGUCCGUUUGACACACAGGGCUACAGUUCAACAUUUAAGCGGAAACGGACAGUGGAAGAUUUCAACAAGUUCUGCACGUUUGUGCUGGCAUAUGCUGGUUAUAUUCCAUAUCCACAGGAGGAGGCACAUUUGAGGAACAGCUCUAGUCCUCCUAACAGCACCGGCAGCACUGCAGACAGUGACGGAUGGGAGAAUCAGAGGCUGGGCUGUGGCCUCUCGUCUCCGGACGAGCCCCCACCCAAAAACCGCAAGAGCUUCGCUGGAUUCAAGAGACCCGCGAGCGAGGAUUCAGAGCCCCAGAAGCGUCCUAAGUCAGCAGGUCUUCUCCUGGAGGGUCGAUCGAAGGCCGACAAGGUGAAAAAGAAGAAGAAGAAGCUGAGGAAGUGUAAGGAUGAGGAAUUGAGAUCUUUCGCUCCAUUUACUCCUGCCAGUGCUGAAGGUGAGAUCGCCAAUCUUGGAUGUACCAUCAAAGAAGAACCAGAAGAUUACCUCAGCAUCUCUGUACCCACCGCUGGUAUGGGUAGGGACCAGCCUACGCACACUGGCACAUGUUCAAAACCUGCCUCUAGUUCACCAGGCACCGCAACGUGCAAAGAGGAGCCUGAUAUUGGCCUUCCAUGCUGGGACGGUUUUAAAAGUUCAGGUCCAGAGUCGGAGGAUGUCGAGAAACCCUCACAAACUAAAGAAGAGUCCGUAGUCUUGAAAGUUGAAGGAUUUCCUGGUAAAAGGACUGUGGUCCGCCAGGGAAAACAGGUGGUAUUUAGAGAUGAGGAUGGAUCGGCAGACGAUGAGGACAUCAUGGUUGAUUCAGAUGAUGACUCUUGGGACCUAGUGACAUGUUUCUGCAUGAAGCCGUUCGCCGGGCGGGCAAUGAUCGAAUGCAACCAGUGCAACACCUGGAUCCACCUUUCAUGUGCCAAAAUCCGCAAGUCUAACGUCCCAGAGACGUACAUCUGUCAGAGGUGCAAAGACUCGAAGUUUGACAUUCGUCGUUCCAAUCGCUCACGAGUGGGCUCUCGAAAACACCUUCUCGACUGAUGCCGCUCUUCUCGUUCUGCCCAUCCACACGUACAGAAACUCAUAAAAAUGUCUUCUUGAAGACGAGACUCAAUGAGUACGGAAGAGGAAGGGCUCGCUGACCUACCUGUGUCACUUUUUCUGUUCCCGUUUUUAAUAUUUCUCACCUUCCUAAAUGUUUGCGUCAGGCAAUCAAUACUCAGACAAAGCUUUAAUGAGAGCAGAUUUCCGCCGUAUGGACGGCUGGAGAUGUGACGGUACACACCAGAAGGUAUUACGCUGUGCUGCAAAGAAGGGAUUGGGGUGUCGGAUUGCACUUUUUUUUUUUUUUUUAAGAACAAAGUGAUAGCUAGAGAUGCCCCUUUGAACCCAUAGGUUUCAAAACUAUGUGUAUUUGUUAAAGUAUGUAUAUUAUAUGAAAUAACCAUAAGAUAUUAGUGUUCAAGGUGUUUAGACUCAUCAUUUUGUGUGGAUCUUUUCUGGGACCCCCAAAUGUGUAUGAGGCGAAGAGUUCUGUUUGUUGGAUAAUGUUUAUCGAAGUUUUCAUCAGCAGUCGCUGAUGCUUUGGAGUGAAACAUCAGAAACGGUUCAUGCUACAUUGUGGUGUUUUUUCUUUUUAAAGAACAUGGAAACAAAUUGGUGACAACAAGAGACUAUAUGUGUCAUUUUGAUUUAUAAAGCCUGAUAAUUCCUGCUUUUUCUGCCCUUUAUUGAACAAUUUGCAUGUUGUAAUUUUUUGACUAAACAGGUUGAUAUUUUUUUCAUGUCUUUUUUUUUUUUGCAUUUAGGUGUCAAAUACUUUAAUUAUGUGAAUUAUGUGAAAGUCGUUACAGGUUAGGGAAGGGAUAUUUUUACUGGGUGAAUCUCAGAAUCUUACAAAACACAUCCUGGUCACAUUUCACCUCAUUUUUAUAUAUAUUUUAAAUGUUCCUAAAAAUAGUAUUAAUUUAUGCUCUAAUGCUGUUUUUAGGAACAUUUACAUUUUUUUUUUUUUUUUUCAAAUUCAAGUAAUGUUUCUGGGUAUUUUGCUUUUAUUCCAAUUAUUCUCAGUGGUGAUUCCAUUUUAUUGUUGUGACUGUAAGAAAGUAACUUUUCCUUUUUUUUUUUUUUUUUUGUCAUGAAAAUAGUCACAUUUUGUGAUGAAAUAUUACCCGGGCGUGUUCUUGUCAGGUUCUGUGAGAUUUACUUAACUGCCAAAAGGAAAAGCAUUUUUUUUUCCCUGUAUAUGCUGAAAUCUUACGGCUUACUUAGUAGUAUUCAUAUUAACAUUCAAAGCACUGUACUAGUAUGUUUGGUCUACAAAUCUUGGCUUUUCAAAACUCGCUGGCAGAGCUUUUAAUAGAAGGAAUCAUUCAUGAGGGUGUAUUUCUUGCUAACCACUGUGACCGGUCUAACCUGGUUAUUAAUCGAUGAGUCUUUCAUGUUCAUAGGCAUGCUCAGAUAAAAAUGUUGUGUCCUAUUAGCUGUUCCACUCCCAUCAAAAAACUUUUGUUUCUUGAGGACAUUAGGUUUUUUUUUUUUUUUUUUUAAAUCUCAUGUGAGUUGAUGUCAUUUCAGAAUGUACUGUUCUGAUUGAUGAUAUAAACAUUGCAGAGAAGAUAAUUUAUCUGGCACCUUCAGUAUGGAUAUUUUCAGAACCGUUUGGUAUAUGUUAAUGUCAAAUUAAGACAAAUAUUGUUCAUAGUUGUGAAAUUGGCCUGGUUUUAUUUUCUAACGAGUCAGUGGACAGUUUCCACAGUGAUAUUUUUGGGAUGCAUAUUGAAACUGGAUAUUCUUUAAACACUUACUUUGGGUACAAUUUAUCUUCCCAUCUGAGGACAUACUGGGAAAUUUACAGGCCUGGAUUAAACAAGCUAGCUUUUCAUUGUUUUGUGGGAAAAAAGUGUCGCUUGUAAAUUUAAUUGCUUAUGUUGGUGCUUUCUUUUUUUGUAACCAUUUAUUUAGGGUUCAUGGAUGAUGGUUCUGUACAUUUUGUUUUGUACAAUCAUGUUUAUGUAGUAUGAUGUUAAUAUUUCAGGGCUGUUUGUGCGCGCGAGAGAAGAACCGCUAAAGUUUGAGCUUGCACUGUUACGCUGAGGGAUAAAGACUGAGUCCAAUGAAAAGAAAGAGAGAUGUUUCUGUGAAACUUCAUGUAAACUGUUGUAAAUAAAUAGAUGAUUUUA